AUGGACCACACCAACGCCCCGGCCCCUCCACCCCAGCCUCCGGCCACCAUGGGACCGCACUCCCACGAGGGCAGCGCGCACACGAUGCCCAUGACGUUCUACUUCAGCCACAGGAACGUGGAGCUGCUGUUCUCAGGGCUGCUGAUCGAUUCUGUUGCGGUCAUGGCCGUGGCUGUUGUUGUCGUGUUUCUGCUGGCCCUGGGAUACGAGGGACUCAAAAGAGUCCGCGAGGGGAUUCAUGCCCAGUGCUCAGCUUUCCCCAGACCCGACGGAGCCCGCCCCAAGGAGACGCCCCAGCCGCAGCUGCUGAGUGCCGCUCACCUUCUGCAGACGGCGAUGCACGUGCUCCAGGUGGGCCUGAGCUACCUGCUGAUGCUGACUGCCAUGACCUACAACGCCUAUUUCGGCUUGGCCUUGCUGGCGGGGGCUGGCAUCGGCUACUGGCUCUUUGGCGGGAGGAAGGCAGAGGACGUGGAGUCCCAGACCCAUGACGUGAACAAGAUUGAGCUCCAUGAGAUUGGCAGCGGAAACUCUCCUGGCCUGCAGGAAUGA